UAAAAAAAAAAAAAGACAAACACUCAAGCACACAAAAACGACAAAAGAUCAAAUCAAUCAAAACCGAGUGGGUUAAACCCAUACACACAAACAGAGACUUAAUCUGAAAGUAUUUAUUGGCAAAAAAAAUCUGAAAGGAUUUAUAAAGAGUGGAAAGUGCAAAAAAAAAAAAACAAAAAAUGGAAAGAAAAGAGAAGGAAAAAAAGUAGAGAGAGAGAGAGAGUAGAAGAAAGAAGAAUUUUUUGGUUGGUGAUCAUCGGAGAUGGGAACGGUGUCCUUGGAGUCGCUGCCGUUAGGGUUCCGGUUCCGGCCGACGGACGAGGAGCUGAUCAACCACUACCUGAGGCUGAAGAUCAACGGCCGUAACGCCGACGUCCAUGUCAUCCCGGAGAUCGACGUCUGCAAACGGGAGCCCUGGGAUUUGCCCAGGCAAUCGGUGAUAAAGACAGAUGAUCCGGAGUGGUUCUUCUUCUGUCCACGGGACCGGAAGUACCCGAACGGCCAGCGGUCGAACCGGGCCACAGAUGCAGGCUACUGGAAAGCCACGGGCAAGGAUCGGACGAUCAGGUCUCGAAGCUACAGGUCAGCUUCCAAUACCAACGGCUUGAUUGGUAUGAAGAAGACCCUUGUCUUCUACAGAGGACGCGCUCCCAAGGGUGAGCGCACCAAUUGGAUCAUGCACGAGUAUCGUCCGACGCUCAAGGACCUCGAUGGAACUGGCCCUGGCCAGGAGGCAUUUGUUCUCUGCCGCUUAUUCCGAAAGCCAGAGGAGAAAUCAGAUGCUCUGAAACAUGAUGAGGUGAACCAAACUGGAUCAUCGCCAACCAUAACGAAGUCUUCUCCUGAUGAUACCUCGUCGGAUCUGCUUCAAGAAACUGCACCAUCAGAUAUGCCGAUUGGGGAGGAGCCAGAAGUUAUAAACAGGUGGUCAACUGAGAAGUUAGAUAUCAUGAUCGCUCGUGCUCCAGGACCUGUUGAAAGUGGCUCCAAUAGUAAUAUGGCAUCAGACGUGGAAGAUCAUGCAACCGAUCAGGAAACUCCUCGAGAGGUGCACAUGCAGAUGGAAGAAAACUCACAAUUGUAUGAGCCUGCCAAUGAUGAAAUUGAUUUUUCAUCUUUCUCCCCAUUUCAGUCCAUUGACUUGGGGCCAGAACUACUUUACGUUGGUUCACCUUCUGAUUUUGGCAAUGACAUCAAUGGAUUUCGCUUCAUGGAUGGAACUGGUGAACAAGAUAUCUCUAUCUCAGAGUUGUUGGAUGAGGUCCUCCAAAACCCUGAUGAGAGUUCAUGUGAAGAUUCAACCUAUCAGAAGAACACGGUCGUUGGGAGGGACAACCAUUUGUCUAAUCUAACACAAUCAUUGCAGAACACACAACCAGGAAACUUAUACAAUGUUUCGUACAACAACAUGAACCCUCAAACAAUGCAGCAUGGCCUGGAUAUGAAAGGUUCUGAAUGGUAUAGUGAGCAAAUGGAUGCCAAAGAAGUGUUGCAGAUUCAACCUCAAUGCGGACCUUCUCGAGCUGAAGCGCCAUAUGCGAACCAAGAUCUUAGAAUGGGAAAUAUGGGCCAACCUGGGUAUAAUAUGGUUGGACAGGUUUCUGUUAACAAUUUAGAAGAAUCGACCAGUAUGAACGUUCCUGUUAACUACUAUGGUCAUGGAGGCGGAACUGGAAUCAAGAUUAGGUCUCGUCAGCCUCAACGGCCAAUUUCUGAUAAUUUUGUGACUCAGGGCACCGCUGCAAGAAGAAUUCGUUUACAGAUGGAUUUAUCACCCGGUUCAACUACUAAUGACAAUGUGAGAGAUUCAAACCAGAGCUAUGAAGAAGAAGUACAGUCGACACAUACUGGGGUCAGUGAAGCUACGGAGUGGAGUCCCACUGUUGAUGGGCAGGAGAAAGAGUAUUCUAGGGGUCAUCUUGCUGCUGGGACUGGAAUCAAGAUGAGGACCCGGCAACAACCGCAAUCAAGUUCAAAUAGUCCCAUACCACAAGGCAGCGCUCCAAGAAGAAUCCGCCUACAAAUGGAUACUGCGCCUCGAUCAUUUGCCAAUGACAACGUCAAAGAUGUUAAGCAAAGCAAAGAGGAAGAUGAAGAUGAAUUGCAAUCAACCGUUACAGAGGACUCUUUGGAAGAUGCAGACGACAGCGAAACAGAUGAUGAAGCACAGUCGUCUUCUACAGAGGCCCCAGAAGCUACAGAGCGGAGUCAUUUCCUUGAUGAACGGGAUAACGAGAGCCAUCUUCUGAAGGCUGACACGAUCAAGGAAAUCGCUGAAGAAUCCUCCAUAGAACUAAUAGAUGAAAGCGAGGACAGCUCUGAAGAAUCCUCUGCAGAACUGGUUGAAGCAAACCAUAAAGUUUGUGAAAAAUCUACGACGAAACUGAGGUUUAGAGCGAAAAAAAAUGAAGCAUUGCGGAGUCCGAUAGGCCCGGAGACACUAACUCCACGCCGUGGCCCUUCUUCAUUAGUCAUCUCUUUUGGGGUUUCCGCGAUUGUAAUUCUGUUUUUAGUUUCUGCUUGGUUAUUUAGAGCUCUAGAUCUUGCUGUUGUGUGAGAAAAAAAAAAGUAUAGGAGGUUUGUUGUAGCGUACGUUUUCUCUUUUUCCUCUAGAACAGGUUUAAGGUUUGUAAAAUUGCAUUUACCGUAUGUAUAAUGUAUGGAAUCAGAUAAUUUUAUGGCAUGACAA